UCCUCAGCCGAUAUGACAUACCCACUCUCCAGCCAGUCAGUUCAGUUCAGUACCACAGCUUCCGAAGACAGAAAGGCGUACUCUGCCAUGGUCUUGCCUGCCGCCAGCAGGAUGAUGACAUCGUGUGAAGAAGACGCACCGAUGGAAACAUCACCCCGAGAACUCACGCAAAACCCACUGAGGAAAAUAUGGAUGCCAUACAAAAAUGGUCUUCCCGAAAAGCACAUAUCGCAAAGAAAGGUAUGCAUGACCAACUGUCCGACCCUGAUAGUGAUGGUGGGCCUCCCAGCGAGGGGCAAAACCUACAUCUCCAAGAAGCUCACUCGCUAUCUCAACUGGAUUGGUGUUCCCACUAAACAGUUUAACGUGGGCCAGUACCGGCGCGAGUGUGUGAAGAUCUACCGGAACUUUGAGUUUUUCCGUCCAGACAACGAGGACGCUCUGAAGAUCAGAAGGCAGUGUGCUCUGACGGCGCUGAACGAUGUCCGACAGUACCUGGAGGUGGAGGGAGGUCAAGUGGCGGUGUUUGACGCCACCAAUACUACUCGGGACAGAAGGAGCAUCAUUAUGAAAUUUGCUGAGCAGAACGAGUACAAGGUGUUUUUUGUCGAGUCAGUGUGUGAGGACCCAAAUGUGAUUGCAGAGAACAUUGUGCAAGUGAAGUUGGGCAGCCCCGACUACAUGGACACCAACACCGAGGAGGCCAUCCAGGACUUCAUGAAGAGAAUCAAGUGCUACGAGAACUCCUACCAGCCCCUUGAUGAAAAUAUUGACAGGUCGUUGUCGUACAUCAAGAUAAUGGACGUGGGUCGGCGGUACCUGGUGAACCGCGUGCAGGACCACAUCCAGAGCCGCAUCGUGUACUACCUGAUGAACAUCCACAUCACGCCGCGCUCCAUCUACCUGUGCCGGCACGGCGAGAGCGAGCUGAACAUGAAGGGCUGCAUCGGGGGAGACUCGGGCCUCACCCCCCGGGGGAAAGAGUUUGCUGAGGGCCUGGGUCGCUUCAUGCAGGAGCAGAACAUUAAAGACCUGAAGGUGUGGACGAGCCAGAUGAGGAGGACCAUCCAGACGGCCGAGGCACUCAGCGUGCCCUACGAGCAGUGGAAGGCCCUCAACGAGAUAGACGCGGGUGUGUGUGAGGAGAUGUCCUAUGAAGAGAUUCAGGAUCACUACCCCCUGGAGUUCGCCCUGAGAGACCAGGACAAGUACCGCUACCGCUACCCCAAAGGAGAGUCUUAUGAGGAUCUGGUCCAGCGUCUAGAACCAGUGAUCAUGGAACUGGAACGUCAGGAGAACGUUCUGGUGGUCUGUCACCAGGCUGUCAUGCGUUGUCUACUGGCUUACUUCCUGGACAAGAGUGCAGAAGAGCUACCGUAUCUGAAGUGUCCUCUGCACACUGUGCUGAAGCUUACUCCAGUUGCUUAUGGUUGUAAGGUGGAGUCCAUCUUUCUCAAUGUGGAGGCAGUUAACACACACAGGGACAAGCCAGAGAAUGUGAAUAUCUCUCGUCUGGCAGAGGAAGCCUUGCUCACAGUCCCUGCCCACCAGUGACACUGAGCAUGUGCGGGGUGCCAGUGUGUCCCCAUGGCAACACUCCAUAAAAGGCUACUGAUUUGCCUGAGAGUUGUCAGUAACCAGCCCAGUCUCAUGGUGUCAUUUUUGCCCACUCCGCUGGUGGUUCUGUGUUUCAGGAACACAAACCAAUCACACAAGGUGGGACAGCAUUGUAGGUACCCCUCUGUUAAUGAAAGAGAAAACAAUAUUCAACUUAGUUUAAUAUUAUCUCAAUGGUUACUUACAAUCCAUGGAUAUGAAAGAUUUAACACAGGGGUACCAAAAUGUCUGUCCGUGUGUGCAUUUACAGCUAUAUUCACUACUUUUUUAUUUUCUUUAGAUUAUGACAUGCAGGUUAUUUAAAUUUCAUGGUGUCAUGAUAGAUAACUGGAAUCCAGUUCUUUAUUCAGUGGCAAUUAACUCUACUAUAAAGUGGGGUUGUGUGUGCAUGUGUGCGUGUGAGAGAGAGGGAAUGAGAGAGAAUGUGAACCUUAGAAUUACUUUCUGAUUCAAGCUUGACUAAAACUGUGAACGUGAAGCUCAUGAUUAACCUUUUCUUUUCUAUGUGACUUUUGUAAAAGUAGAGACUUGGUAGAUGCCUAUACUGUAUAUAGACUGGCAUUGUGUGUGACCUCUUCCAAGUCACUUUGUAUUAUGUUUUUUGGGAGCGUGUUGUUUUUAGUUAUAAUCUCGAUCUGUACAAUCUGUGCAUGCAGUUCAUGCUUGUUUUUAAAAUAAUAAUCUGUAAACGCACAAUACUUUUCAGUUUCAUUUUGCUUUUGUUGUCAACUCAAGGUUUUAGUACAAACUGGAAAAGCCAAAAAAAAGAGAAGUUUACAGGCGAUGAAAAGUAGCACAUACUCAGCUCAGCCUUAGAAUCAAGCUGGAAAAUCCGUUUUUUGGUUUGUUUUGUUUUUUGUAGUUUUUCCUAAUUUGCACAUAUUGCUUUAACAUUUCACUGCUGCUAUUGCACACUAAAAGAUUCAACUCAACAUUUUGUUAUUCAGUCUGUGGUAAAUGUUUAUCAGGCUUGGUCUCUACUCUGUAAACUACAGUACAGUAAUGCCUUGAAGUGCAAACUCCAUACAAUAAAUGUACAUAAAAUAUACUAUGUAAAGUGAAAGAGGAUUGUUUGUUUGUUUUCAUGCUUUUUUAUUUACCAGAUGCAAUGGUGGUACUAAUAAUGGCAAUAAAAAAAGGUAGUUUACCCUUA